GAGAAGGAGGGGGGAGGAGGAGGAGUAGUGGAGCCAGUGAACUAGGCGGUCAGGCCUGCCGGGCGGCGUACAAUAGCGCGGCUGUGGGCGGGGGAGGCGGCCCUCCCGCGGCUGCAGCCGGAGCCGAAGGUGGUGGCUGCACAGGAGACGCCCCCUCACGGCUUCCCCCACACGCUCCCGCCCCCUCGCUCGCCCAUCGCGCUUCCCUCACAGGCUCUGCAGUCCUCCCCCACAGACGCCUUACCCCUUGGACUCUCAUUCCCUUUUCCACGGAGCCCCGCGCUCUCGUGAGCCCCCUCGAAGAACCUGGUCUGCGCAUCCAGUUACCACCUCCUGCCUCAGAGGCCAUCUGAGCCCUUCGCACCUCGCCCCUCAGUCCCCCCUUCCCCCCCCGCCCGCGUCGCCUCGCUCCCUUCCGCCCCCCCAUCAUCCCUUCCCUCGCAGUUCCCCUGUCCUGAGGGGAUCCCCGCCACGGGCAGCGCGGCGGCGGCGGCAGGAGGGAGAAAGUGAAGCGGUAGCUCGCGCACACUCGCGCCCUCACUCCCGGCUAGGCGGCACCCACCGCCGGGAGGAGGAGGAGGAGCCGAGAGGAGCUGAGCGAGCGCGGAAGUAGCUGCUGCUGGUGGUGACAAUGUCAAAUAACGGCCUAGACAUUCAAGACAAACCCCCAGCCCCUCCGAUGAGAAAUACCAGCACUAUGAUUGGAGCUGGCAGCAAAGAUGCUGGAACCCUAAACCAUGGUUCUAAACCUCUGCCUCCAAACCCAGAGGAGAAGAAAAAGAAGGACCGAUUUUACCGAUCCAUCUUACCUGGAGAUAAAACAAAUAAAAAGAAAGAGAAAGAGCGGCCAGAGAUUUCUCUCCCUUCAGAUUUUGAACACACAAUUCAUGUCGGUUUUGAUGCUGUCACAGGGGAGUUUACGGGAAUGCCAGAGCAGUGGGCCCGCUUGCUUCAGACAUCAAAUAUCACUAAGUCGGAGCAGAAGAAAAACCCGCAGGCUGUUCUGGAUGUGUUGGAGUUUUACAACUCGAAGAAGACAUCCAACAGCCAGAAAUACAUGAGCUUUACAGAUAAGUCAGCUGAGGAUUACAAUUCUUCUAAUGCCUUGAAUGUGAAGGCUGUGUCUGAGACUCCUGCAGUGCCACCAGUUUCAGAAGAUGAGGAUGAUGAUGAUGAUGAUGCUACCCCACCACCAGUGAUUGCUCCACGCCCAGAGCACACAAAAUCUGUAUACACACGGUCUGUGAUUGAACCACUUCCUGUCACUCCAACUCGGGACGUGGCUACAUCUCCCAUUUCACCUACUGAAAAUAACACCACUCCACCAGAUGCUUUGACCCGGAAUACUGAGAAGCAGAAGAAGAAGCCUAAAAUGUCUGAUGAGGAGAUCUUGGAGAAAUUACGAAGCAUAGUGAGUGUGGGCGAUCCUAAGAAGAAAUAUACACGGUUUGAGAAGAUUGGACAAGGUGCUUCAGGCACCGUGUACACUGCAAUGGAUGUGGCCACAGGACAGGAGGUGGCCAUUAAGCAGAUGAAUCUUCAGCAGCAGCCCAAGAAAGAGCUGAUUAUUAAUGAGAUCCUGGUCAUGAGGGAAAACAAGAACCCAAACAUUGUGAAUUACUUGGACAGUUACCUCGUGGGAGAUGAGCUGUGGGUUGUUAUGGAAUACUUGGCUGGAGGCUCCUUGACAGAUGUGGUGACAGAAACUUGCAUGGAUGAAGGCCAAAUUGCAGCUGUGUGCCGUGAGUGUCUGCAGGCUCUGGAGUUCUUGCAUUCGAACCAGGUCAUUCACAGAGACAUCAAGAGUGACAAUAUUCUGUUGGGAAUGGAUGGCUCUGUCAAGCUAACUGACUUUGGAUUCUGUGCACAGAUAACCCCAGAGCAGAGCAAACGGAGCACCAUGGUAGGAACCCCAUACUGGAUGGCACCAGAGGUUGUGACACGAAAGGCCUAUGGGCCCAAGGUUGACAUCUGGUCCCUGGGCAUCAUGGCCAUCGAAAUGAUUGAAGGGGAGCCUCCAUACCUCAAUGAAAACCCUCUGAGAGCCUUGUACCUCAUUGCCACCAAUGGGACCCCAGAACUUCAGAACCCAGAGAAGCUGUCAGCUAUCUUCCGGGACUUUCUGAACCGCUGUCUCGAGAUGGAUGUGGAGAAGAGAGGUUCAGCUAAAGAGUUGCUACAGCAUCAAUUCCUGAAGAUUGCCAAGCCCCUCUCCAGCCUCACUCCACUGAUUGCUGCAGCAAAGGAGGCAACAAAGAACAAUCACUAAAACCACACUCACCCCAGCCUCAUUGUGCCAAGCCUUCUGUGAGAUAAAUGCACAUUUCAGAAAUUCCAACUCCUGAUGCCCUCUUCUCCUUGCCUUGCUUCUCCCGUUUCCUGAUCUAGCGCUCUCAAGACUUUGAUCCUUGGAAACCGUGUGUCCAGCAUUGAAGAGAACUGCAACUGAAUGACUAAUCAGAUGAUGGCCAUUUCUAAAUAAGGAAUUUCCUCCCAAUUCAUGGAUAUGAGGGUGGUUUAUGAUUAAGGGUUUAUAUAAAUAAAUGUUUCUAGUCUUCCAUGUGUCAAAAUCCUCACCUCCUUCAUAACCAUCUCCCACAAUUAAUUCUUGACUAUAUAAAUUUAUGGUUUGAUAAUAUUAUCAAUUUGUAAUCAAUUGAGAUUUCUUUAGUGCUUGCUUUUCUGUGACUGAACUGCCCAGACACCUCAUUGUACUUGAAAACUGGAACAGCUUGGGAAUGCCAUGGAGUUUGAUAAUCUGCCAGGGACAUGAAGAGGCUCAGCUUCCUGGACCAUGACUUUGGCGCAGCUGAUCCUGACAUGGGAGAACAACCACAUUUUUCUUUGUGUGUGCUUCUAGCAGCUGUUCGGGAGGACCUUGACCCAAUAGUGUUCCCAUGCUGUUUCUUGUGAAAUGCUCUCGGCUAUGUAGCAGCUUUUGAUUCCCUGCAUACCCUAGGCUGCUGCCCCUAUCCUGUCCCUUGUUUAUAACAUUGAGAGGUUUUCUAGGGCACAUACUGAGUGAGAGCAGUGUUGAGAAGUCGGGGAAAAUGGUGACUACUUUUAGAGCAAGGCUGGGCAUCAGCACCUGUCCAGCUCUACUUGUGUGAUGUUUCAGGAACUCAGCCCCUUUUUCUGCCUGAGAUAAGGAGCUGAAAGAUUAACUUGGAUCUUCUAAUGGUCCAAAUCUUUUGGUCACAAUAAAGAGUCUCCAAAUUAGAGACUGCAUGUUAGUUCUGGAUGGAUUUGGUGGCCUGACAUGAUACCCUGCCAGCUGUGAGGGGACCCUGUUUUUAAGAUGCAUGGCCAAGCUCUCUGCAAAUGGAAAUGCUUACACUGGGUGUUGGGGAUGUUUGCUACCUCCUGCUAUUUUUGUGGUUUUGGUUCUCCCAGUAUGGUAGGACCCCCGGCCAGCAUUGUGGCUUGUCAUGUCAGCCCCAUUGACUACCUUCUCAUGCUCUGAGGUACUACUGCCUCUGCAGCACAAAUUUCUAUUUCUGUCAAUAAAAGGAGAUGAAAAUA